CCUACUUAAAAAAUAAACUCCGUUAUUUAUUGAAUCACAGAUCUUUCCAUUUCCACUCGGUCUGUAAACACGAAUUUAUCAAAAGUUAUAAGACAAAAAUGCGUAAUAAACUGAAAGAUUCAUGUAUAUUUUGUUAAAUAUUUUUCAUGAAAACAUCGAACCAAUAUAGAAAAUGUUUACAUAAUUCCCACUGAUGCUAAACGGAAGGCCGCGUUCUUUUUCAGUAACUAAACCGAAGAACGGUUCAGUCGCAUUAAUUUCAGCAUCCAAAUCGAAAUUUGCGUCAAUGAGUAUGACAGUAAUGUGUCCUCUCAUGAAGCUCAUUAGAGUCAAUUCAAGCCGAUAUCGGCAAAAAAGCGACGUGGUUUCGCGAAGCCAAAGCGGUAAACUCGUCAAGUCUGAAAGCACCUGUUCCGACUCUCCCCACGCUGAAAAACCAAAAAACUCCUUUCUAUACUCCAAACAUGUGAAAUAUUUGGGCAUUUCUCUAGUCGUAAUCGUAAUCCUCGUCACCACAACUUGCGUUUUAAUACUCCCACGGAAAACUGAAAAGUCUCCCGAAACUCCCGACACUAACACUGCGACUCCAAGACUUCCUUUGGGCCCCGGUGCCAUCAUCGAGAAAAAAAUUUGGGGAGGCCGUGCCACCUUAAACUUCUCUAAACCACUGCCACAUCCCACUCAUUUUGUCAUCGUUUCACACACUGUUACCCCGACUUGUAGCGACUUUCCUGCAUGUUCGCAAAGGGUGCAGUCCAUGCAGGACUACCAUGUGGGCAAUUUGAAAAGUCCCGAUAUUGGGUACAAUUUCGUAAUUGGUGGAGAUGGGAAUGCGUAUGUUGGACGAGGCUGGGAUAUCAGGAAUUUUCACAUGGAUGAUUCGAUCGGGAUUAGUUUUAUUGGGAAUUUUCUUCAUGAUCAUUUGACGACGGAGAUGAUCAGCGUGGCGAAGAAAUUGCUAGAUGAGGGGGUAAAGAGUGGAAAAUUGGCCAGGGAUUAUAAACUGGUAGCUCACAAUCAGACGUUUAGAACGGAAAGUCCGGGGCCAAAUGUUUACAAAGAGAUCAAAAAUUGGCCGCAUUUUGAUGCGGGAAUUUAUUACUCGCGAUAGUGACAGGAAGUGAAAUAAAAUUGUGUUAAUUGUUAGUCGCUAUUGUUGAUUUAGUAUUUAUAAUAAAAUACACAACUUGUGAAUUGAUAAAUUGUGCUAUUUGUGUAAAUAAAUUGGCUAAUAUUUUGUGUUUCUUAA